AUGAUAUUUUUCGCCCCUAGUUGCCUAUUGAGCCGCGUUCGGUUAAUUAACUGCUUUCGAGGGAGGCUGUGUGUGUCUGUGUGUGCGUGUUGUGUUCGUGGAACCAGCAGCAGUGUGAAAGGCGCUUUUUGGAAAAAGUUGCGCACCACGCGAGUCGGCCGAGUCUUGCGCUGUCUUUCGGUGCGUUCAGUUCGCGCGGUUACGCAGUUUUGCAGCAGAGCCGUUUUUACUCCAGUCCCUCGAGUGAUACCCCAGUGACACACCAUCCCAGCCGAUCAAAAUGGAUGAUGAGGAGCAGAGAAUGCUGAUCAUGCGCAAAGCAUUCCAGAUGUUUGACACGCAGAAGACGGGCUUCAUCGAGACGAUCAAGAUCUCGACCAUUCUCAACACGAUGGGCCAGCUGUUCGACGAGGGCGAGCUGCAGGACCUGAUCGACGAGGAGGACCCGGAAAGCACGGGCCGCGUCAACUUCGACGGCUUUGCCAACAUUGCCUCCAACUUCCUGCAGGAGGAGGAAGACGCCGAGGCGAUGCAGCAGGAGCUGAAGGAAGCCUUCCGGUUGUAUGACCGCGAGGGUAACGGCUACAUCACCACCAGCACGCUGAAGGAAAUUCUGAAAGCACUCGACGAUAAACUGUCCAGCGAGGAUCUCGACGGCAUCAUCGGGGAAAUCGAUACGGACGGUUCCGGCACGGUAGAUUUCGAUGAGUUUAUGGAGAUGAUGACUGGUGAAUAAGCUGCGACCAAUCCAACCGAUACAAACACACAACAUGACACGGGCGCGUGUGUCAAUUUUCCACCUUCACUACCAGCACCCUUCCAACUGUGAAACUGGAACGUGAAACUGUAGCAAACUGUCUCCCCCCGGAGCGGACGACUAACUAAAGUGUGCGCCGAUUGCACCCCUGCUUUUUGGGUAGUGUUUGUGUGUGUAUGUGUGUGUUUUGUUAGCUAUUGUUUACUAUCACUCUCCUUAAACUGUGCUGCUGCCCCAGCGACUUAUGUAUAUCAUCCACGUGUCUCUUUUACCGUAAAGAAAUAAAUGGAAAACUUGUCCCCCUUUUGAA